AUGGAUAAGUUAACUUCAAGGCAAUUGCAGCAGAAACUUAAUGAGUUAGGUUUUGAGCAAUAUUCUGCAGUAUUUUUACAAAACGAGAUCAGUGGUGCAGAUAUUCCUUAUAUUACAGAAGAUCAUCUUAUCGAAAUGGGUGUUGAACUUAUUGGACAUAGAAUGUUACUUAUAAAAAGACUUAAUGAAUUAUAUGAAGGAAAGAAUCCAGAUCCAGUUCACUUAAUUGACGGUUCAAAUAAUGCUAAAUCCAAACCAGAACCAAAAAUAUCUCGCGCUGAAGUUAAUUAUUCAUACAAUAGACGUACUUAUGAAGAUAAUAGUGAUUCUGAUGAUUUCAAACAAACCAAACCUCAACCAGUAGUUAAUCAAAAAACAACUCGUACACCUAAGUAUAAUUAUCACCAAUCUGAGAGUGAUGAGUACGAAAGUCGUUCUCAUAAACGAGAGAAUACUUAUAAUAUAGAAAAUCAAGAUGUUCCACGACCAAUAUUAAAAUCAUCAAACGCUUCAUCUUCAUCCAGACAAGACGCGUAUGAUUCUGAUCAAACACGUCCUUCUAAGAGAGAAACACCAAAAAUUUCACGUACAACUAUUCAGACCUCUUCAAAUACAGAAGAAAAAACAGAAAAGAAACUAUCUAAGAAAGAUUCUGAAGGAACAAAGUUGAGUGAGGCUUCAUCAACUAUAAGAAACUCUACUUCCAAACUUCAAUCAAAGCCUUCGCAGUCUAAACCUGAACCAAAAUUACAGCCUGCUGCAUCUGAAUCUCAAUUUAAUACGCAAAAUCUUAAUACACAAGAUAGUUCUGAUAGAGUUGUUUGUCAGUAUUGUGGAAGAAAGUUCCUUCCUGAUGCUGCGAGACGUCAUAUCCCUGUCUGUGGAAGAAUUAGGGGUAUGUCUAAGAAAUAA